AAAAGGACGUUAAAUCAACGAGGCAGCCAAACUUGUAACGUUCCAACCAUGAGAGGUACCAGGAGAUACAAACACGUGAUAGAAACUCCGGAUCCUGGGAAAUGGGAGCUAGCUGGAUAUGAGGAAACUCUGCCCAUUAGCGAGAAGUCUAACCCCAUCACCCGGGAACUGGAUAAAGCCGACCCCAACCAAUUGGUCCAGCUCUUGAGAGACUGCGAUGCGGAAAUAUUCCAGGAAGAAGAUGAGACCAUCAUCAAUUAUCAGAGGCUGUACAGUGAAUCGGCCUUAAAGACGGUGGCAGACAUUGCAAAGAGAGUGCAGGAAAUAUUAAAGAAUCCUGAAGAUGGUCUAAUAGUCAUCAGCGGAUGUGGGACAUCAGGGAGACUGGCUCUCCUCCUUGCGAAUUCGUUUAAUCGGAUGUUAAAAGGACUUCACAAGACGCCGUGUUACACUUACAUCAUUUCAGGAGGAGACAGAUCGAUUGUGACAUCACAGGAGACACCCGAGGACAAUCCCAUAAUGGGAGCAGAGGAACUAGAAAAGGUUUGUGAAGGGAAGAAGAAGGUGGUUUAUAUCGGAAUAUCCUGCGGCUUGUCCGCUCCGUUUAUCGCUGGCCAGCUGGAUUUCUGUAUGAAGAACCUGGACGUGUUCCUGCCUGUCUUGGUGGGAUUUAACCCUGUAAAUAUGGCCAGGAAUGACAGCAUUGAGCGAUGGCAGUCAACGUUCCGGCAAGUGGCCGAAAGGAUGCAGAGCCUACAGGAUACCCAACGGGCCUUCAUACUGAACCCAGCGAUAGGUCCUGAGGCAAUCUGUGGAUCAUCGCGCAUGAAGGGUGGGAGUGCCACCAAAAUCCUGUUGGAGACGCUCUUCCUGGUUGCCCAUAAAGCAGAUUCCAAUGUGGCCGUGACGGAGAAGUGUUUGUUGGAAAUUCUCAGGACGUACGAGAGAGCGCACAAGGUGACAUAUUCACAGAGCAAGAAGAUAGCCGGGCUCAUGAAACAAUCCGCAACUAGCCUACAGAAAAAAGGGCAUUUGUACAUCCUUGGCUGGGGAACCUUGGGGCUGAUGGGAGUUAUGGAUGCCGUGGAGUGUGUCCCUUCCUUCCAAGCAGAUUGGAGAGAUGUCCGCGGGUUUAUUAAUGGUGGCUAUAACACCAUGGAGAACAAGGAAGGGGAUAUCAGUUCUAUGGGUCCACAGUUUGCUAUCUCCCAUGAAGACUUUGUGAAGAACGUCCUCCCGUCGGUGACAGAAGCCGACACCGUCCUGUUUAUAUUCACCCUGGACGAUGAGCUCAGCGAGGUAGAGAAGAUGGCAACACAAGUGAAGGAGAAGACAUCUAAUGUCCAUGCAAUAUCACACGCCACAGCGGGCCAGUACAUGCCGAGUUCCACAAAGAAGAUUAUUCCAAAUAUUAUUGGCAUCACGUGGCCGAUACUCUUUCUGGAGUACGAAGGAACUUUUAUACAGAAAUUUCAGAGGGAGCUGAGUACCAAGUGGAUUUUGAACACUGUCACCAGUGGAGUUCAUGUACUCAAAGGAAAGGUCUUCAGAAAUUUUAUGGUGGACUUCAAGAUAAGCAACUCUAAACUCUUCCACAGGGCAAUGUCUGUUCUCCAGAGGCUAAGCGGCAGCUCCCAGCAGCGGUGCCGGGACGCACUACUCCAAUCCAUCUAUGGAGAACAGACCCUGUCUGACCAGAUAAAGAACAGCCCCAUUUCCAAACACGUGGAGGAAGCCGCUUCCAAGGAAAAGGUCCUUCCUACGGCCAUCAUUAGCCUCCUGCGUAACUGCACCAUCUCAGAGUCCAAGGAGCGGCUGGACGCCUCACCAUCCAUAAGGGCCGCCAUUGAAUUGUCUCUCAACGUGCCGGGGAGGAAAAGGGGAGCAGAGAGUUCAGGGACGGAGGGACGCAGCCGAUGAAAGUCAUGUGACCUGUCAACAAACACCCCCCCCCAGUCCGCAGCCACCAUUUCAGGGCAGGGGGUUCCCUGAACCAUCUGAGCAGCGGGCGUUAUGUGUUAAAAUGUUAUUAAAAUGUUCGAAUUUUACAGUAAAAAUUCUCUGUCAUACUCUUAUCUCUAAAACGUGCUACUAACUUGGACCAUGGUGCUUCCAACCUGUGAAAUGUGGAUAAAAAACCCCCAAAAAUGGUGAUUUUUGUCUUUUCUUAUGUCCAAAACCCAUUUUGACCCCAUUAUUCCAUACACAGAGGCAAAAACAGAGUCUUUAUACAUAACCCCCGAUAUAUUGACCGUCACUUCGAAACCCCCAUCAACAUCAUUUUUAUAUAGUUUUACACCGAAUUGUGCAUAUAUUGUAAUAAAUAUCAUUUUUUGAAUACAAA